GUUGAGAAAGACAAUGCGAAUUGUUUUCUUUCUUGCAGCUGAAAAUACAUUUUGAGGUUCUUUAUAAAUUGUUAUUGUUAUAAUUCUGUGCAGUUUACGGAUUAUUGCGAAAAUAAUAUUUAUACAAUGACCGCUGAUUAAACGAAGAAACACAUUAUAAUGGCGUUUUUGGAGUGGCGAAAGUUUACUUUCUUUGAUAUCCACAAUAACGUCGACAGCGGCAAAGUAGCAGAAUGUCUUCAGGACACACAUGUGACUGUAUCGACAAGUGGCAACGGCCAUGUAAUACUGGGUGAUGUGACAGGUUGGGCGCACCUUAUAACUCGCUGUUGGGAAGUCACCUCGUUCAAGGCUUAUGAGCUGACUAUAUCAUUAGCCCAGCAACUUCCACAUGAUCCUUUUUUGGUGACAAUCGGUGAUGACGAGGCUGGAGUUAACCCUAUGAUCAAAGUAUGGGACUGGUCCCGCACAGAUCGCCAUGGCAACCCCAAAUGUGUGCGUGUCUGCCGGGUAGUGCCCUCACACAUGCACCCUACACCCGCCACUGCAUUGGCUGUUCAUGAAAAUAAGAAUCUUAUAGCAGUUGGAUUUCAAGACGGGUCCGUGUCUAUAUUUCGCGGGAACAUAGCGAGGCAGCGGAGUGCAGAAAUGAAAACCUUGCCUGACACUGGGAGCAGUCAGAUAACUGGACUUGCAUUCAAGGGCGCGGACAAGCUGUUCAUAGUGUCCCGGGGCAGCGUGCGCGCGCAGUCGCUGGGCGCGGAGCGCGGCGUGACGCUGGAGGCGCGCGGCGCGCCGCCGCACUGCUGCGCGCUCGCCGACUCGCACGGCCUCACCGUCGCCAUAGACAACGCAAUUUAUUGUUAUACCGCUGAAGGAAGAGGCCCUUGCUACGCUCUAGAAGGCGAGAAGGUCCGCUUAAACUGGUUCCGUUCCUACCUCGUCAUAACUAUCAACGAGACUGCACCAAGAUCUAAUGAGCCCUCGAGUUCUAAUGCUAAAUCUCAUAGAAUCACAAUACUCGAUAUACAAAACAAAUUCAUAGUUUUCUCCAAAACUUUCGACCAAAUCGACGCGGUUUUGACAGAAUGGGGCUCUUUUUAUAUACUCACUAAGAAUAAAGAAAUGAUUUAUUUGGAGGAGAAGGAUUUGCAGUCGAAAUUGUCCUUGUUGUUCAAGAAGAAUUUGUAUGACGUCGCUAUAAGGAUAGCGAGCAGUCAGCAUUACGAUGUGGAAGGGUUCACGGAGAUCAAUAAGCAGUAUGGUGAUCAUUUGUAUAGCAAGGGCGAUCUCAAAAGCGCAAUAGAGCAAUACAUUAAAACUAUAGGUCGUCUAGAGACCUCUUAUGUCAUCCGCAAAUACCUAGAAGCCAGGGACCUAGAGCCCUUGGUCCUCUACCUGGAAGAGUUGCACAAGAAGGGGUAUGCGACGGAAGACCAUACGACUUUACUACUGACAUGCUAUGUGAAGAUAGACCAGCACGAUCAGCAAGGGAAACUGAAAGAGUUCAUUAAUUCUAAGGAUAGAGCUAUUGACUUCGAUGUAGAUGUGGCUAUCAAGGUAGUCCGUCAAGUGAGCGUGGACGAUGCACUGUCUCUAGCCACGAACAACAAACGUCACGACUGGUACCUCCAGAUUAUGAUAGAGGACAAGAAGGACUACAGCCGAGCCCUGGACUACAUGGUCGAACUAGAGUUUGAGGACGCUGAGACGUACAUGAAGAAGUACGGCCACACGUUGAUACAGCACGAGCCGGUUGAGAGUACCAAGUUCUUGAAAUUACUAUGCACAGACUACAAACCACGUAGCAAGCCUUUGGUCGACGAGAAUUCCCUAUCAGGCGGGCAGAGAGAAAUUAACCGAGCCUUACCAGACGACUUCAUACACAUGUUUCUCAGUAACUCCGAGAAACUAGUGGAUUUUCUCGAGCACAUGAUAGCUUCGGAGUUCAGAUGCUCAAAGUUGGUGUACAACGCGCUGAUAGAACAUUAUAUACAUGUGUGGGGCAAAGUUACUGAGAACGAGAAGUUGGAGUACGAGCAGAAAGUGUUGAAAGUUCUCAAAGACCCCGAAGCCAACUACGAUAAAGAUCAUACACUUAUCAUCUGCCAGAUGCUGGGCUUCAAGGCGGGCAUACUGUAUCUUUAUGAGGAGAAUAAGCUAUGGCGAGCGCAAGUGGCCCUCCAUCUGCGAAGUAACAACGCGGAGGCGGCCCUGGCUGUGUGUCGUCGGCGAGGCGCUGGUUGCCCGCGACUUUGGCUAGACGUGCUGUGGUGGCCGCCGCCGCCCGCCGCGCUGCCGGAACUGUUGAACGUUAUCGACAACGAAAAGCUGCUCUCGCCGAUCCUGGUCAUAGACUGUCUGGCUAGCACGCCCACCUACACUCUCGGAGACGUCAGAAAAUACUUGAUGAGCGUCUUAAAAAGCGAGAAUGACGUCAUCACGCGCGAACAAGAACUCGCGCAGAAAUACAAAACGGAGAGUGAGAGGAUGAAGCAGGAGAUCCAGACGUUGCAGCACGAGCCCGUCACCUUCCAGAGUUCCCGCUGCGCCGCGUGCAACAGGCCGCUAGAGCUGCCCACUGUGCACUUCUUCUGCCAGCAUUCCUACCACCAGCACUGUUUCCAGAGUUUCUCGGAGUGCGAGAGCGAGUGCCCCGCGUGCGCGCCGUCCCGCGGCCGCGGCGAGCAGCCGCCGCCCGCGCGGGCGGAGGCUCUGCACGCGAGACUACACAACGAUCACGACCCCUAUGCAGUAGUAUCCGAAUACUAUGGUCGGGGUCUAUUCAACAAGCUGACGUUAGUGUCGAGUGUCGCGCCCGAGCCUGCGCCGGCGCAGCCCCCGCCGCCGCCCGCGCUGGCGGCGCCGCCCGGCAGGACGUACGGCCCGGGGGCGGAGGCUAACAUACGGCUACAGGAGGGACAGAGCACGCAAGUGUUCGUCUCCAACUCGGCACGACAAGUCGUUCCCAAAGGGACAGCAAUAGUUCCGAUUCCUGAAGGUCGAAUGAGGGUCAUAGAACAACAACGAUACAGCUCCAGCCUCGAGGCCAAUCUAAACACGCUGCAGCCGCGGGUGCACCUGCCCCAGAGGUCACAGGGUCAAGGUCAACAGCAGAUUAAGAUUGAAGAAGCGGUCAGCGCCGGCGGCUCGCCCAAGAUAUCCGCCGCCAUCAACAAUGUCGGCAAAAAUCCUUUCGAAGAGGAAUACGAUGAGUCCAAGAAUCCGUUCGCGGAAGACGAUGACGUCAUCACGGACCCCACCAACCCGUUCGCGGAGGAGGCUGACGAUUACGACAAGAAUUUGAAUCCUUUCUCGUGAACUGAUGAUACGAAGAAUAUGAAUCCUAUUUCGUGGACUGAUAAUGUGUGAGUGAUGAAUAAGUGCCCUCCUGAACGCUGUGAAAU